GAAAACCCAAAACUCAAUUUCAACAUUAUUAUUCAGUGUUACAGAAUAAUAUAAAGACCAGAGUCAUCACCAUCGUCAAAUUAAAUGGAAAACAAAAGUAAUACAUGUUAAACAAUUAAUCCGAUUCCAUUUGAACAUUAGAAUAUAACAUAUAUUUUAUCAUUUUAUUCGAGUAUGUUCCUCCUAACGAAUAUAUAUUUGACAAUACCAUCUUCCCGUUCAUGCCCAUCUCGUGUCCUCUCUACCUCUCUUACAACCUAAAAAAAAAACACAUACACACGAAGAAGAGAGAGCAAACUCUCCUUCUCUUUCUUCCUCCACCAAUGGCAGCCUAUAGAAGCUUUCAUCAAAUAUUCGAGAACCCAAUACAAAACAAGACUCCAAAGUCUUUUCUUGAUACACUCUCCUCUUCUUCGCCUUGGAACCCAAUCCCCAUCAAAGGGUACCACGUCACUGACCACGACGAAACGCCACCGUUUACAGAGAUAUUCGGUGAGCUCCACUUCAAGGAAUCAUCCUCAACCGAGAACAGCAGUCUGCAGCUGUGUACCGAAGGUCUAGGGUCAGAGAGUUAUUACGACUUGGAAGAUGGAAAAGUCAACUGUGACGGUAACGGAGAAGAUGAGAUUGAAGUAAAGGGUAAAGAAGAAAACGGAAGCAACGAUGAGGAGUGUGGACCACAGGAAAAGGAACGGAAAGAGUAUCCGCCGGCGAUGACGAGGAUGAGCUUCAAGACGUAUAGAGAAGAAGGGAGGCUUGUGUUGGAAGAAGUUAGGAUUCCGAGGAGAGAAUUUCUUCGAGCCAGCCGUGAAGACGGUAGACUCAAAUUGAAGCUGGUUCAAUCCGAUGAGGAUGAAGAUGAGAAGAAAGAUAAACCGGUCUGAUUUGUAUCCUUAACUCCCUAUUACACAAGAUCAGUGACAGUAAUAAACGUACAAAUGUUAAAAACCUUUGUUAUGCGAGUUUUGUACUUAACUAAACUUAAGCUUUUAUCGCUUAACUAUGCCGUUCUAUAAUGUUACCAGUGCCAAGGUCGAAUAUUCCUUUUUAAAGAUUA